UUAGUUCCUUCGAAGAGCCUAGUAAAAAGUGUAAAACCCUAAAAAGCCACUGCUGCCCUGCCGUAUUGCAAGUAUUCUGAUUCUGGACUCCGACAAUGGCGGAAGGAGACGAGAUGGCGAAAUCGUCGCUUCCUUUACUUGAAAUGUGUGAGAUUUUGGACAGGAAAGCGGCGGCACUGGUUACGAUGGUUGACGCCGUGGCUGCGUUGUCUUGUGAGGCAGCGAGAGCCGACGUGACGCCGUUUGAUACGGUUGAUGGAUUCGUGUACAAGGAAGGGGCUGGGGUUGCGAGGGGUAUGAAGGGUCUUCUUAACGGGUCGAAGCGGGUUGGGAAAGUAAAGAGCGAUGCUAUGGCGGAGAUUCCUAAUGUUCAUGGGAGAUUGAGGGAAGUGGCGAAGUCGGUGCACUCGAUUGCAAAGGUGGAGUUGAAUUCAUCUGGAGAAAUGAAAAUUGAUGGGUUGGCGAAAGUUGUAGCGAUGACUGUGGAGGCAUUGGCCCUCGCCCUUCUGGUUGUAGGAGAGAAUGGUUUUCUUCGUGCAAAAUUGAAUUUGGAUUCCGUUGGCGAUACUAGCUUACGUAAGGGUUUACUGGACUUGUUUCAGAAGGGAUGCCCAACUGAGAAAUGUUUAAGCAAUGGCUACACGAUGGCUUUAAACCUUAUCUUCCAGAAGGAUUAUGCGAGGUUUGUGCAUGAAGUUAACGAGUUGUUGGGAAUUGUCUCGAAAAUUAUGGUGUGGGAGGCAGUGACCGCGUUUGUGGCUCUUGAAGGUGGUCAGUUAAACAGUACAAAAGCUGGUGUUGAGGCAAAUGGAGGGGAUGUGAAGGUGGAUAUCAAGGCUCAGAAGAAGAAGGUGGUUUUGGGGAAAGGGACUCGUGCUAUAGUGGAGUUGAUUAAUGAGAGGUUGAAUGGUGAAAGAGAGGGUUAUUGUGAUGAUACAGGGUCAAUUGAGAAAUUGGUUGAGGGUCUUGUAUUGAUUUUUGACCUGAGAGAUCCAGAAUUUGAUGGAUUCUGGAAGACGGUGAAAGACAUUGUUGAAAGCAAUGAAACUAGGAGGCUCCCGAAAUUACCUAAGGGCACUAGAGAUUUUUCAAAAGAACAGAUGGUGGUACGAGAGAAAGCAUUUUCAAUUAUUACAGAGGUAUUCAAGAGGCAUGGUGCUGUGGCCCUUGAUACUCCUGUAUUUGAAUUGAGAGAGACUCUUACAGGGAAAUAUGGAGAAGAUUCAAAGUUGAUCUACGAUCUUGCUGACCAGGGUGGGGAGCUGUGUUCUUUGCGAUAUGACUUAACUGUCCCAUUUGCCAGGUAUGUGGCUAUGAAUGGUAUCACAUCCUUUAAACGCUACCAAAUUGCUAAAGUGUACAGAAGGGAUAACCCAGCCAAAGGAAGAUACCGUGAAUUCUAUCAAUGCGACUUUGACAUUGCUGGCCAGUAUGACAAAAUGGGGCCAGACUUCGAGGUCAUUAAAAUAUUGACAGAGCUGCUCGAUGAACUAGAUAUUGGGGACUAUGAGAUAAAAUUGAAUCAUCGAAUGUUGUUGGACGCAAUGUUGGAAAUAUGUGGAGUCCCACCUGAAAAAUUUAGAACUAUCUGUUCAAGUGUUGACAAGCUUGACAAGCAACCAUUUGAACAGAUCAAAAAAGAGAUGGUGGAGGAGAAAGGAUUGAGUGUUGAGAUAGCAGACAAAAUUGGUACCUUUGUGAAGUUCAGAGGACGCCCCAUGGAAUUACUGGCAAAGCUUGGAGAAGAGGGAAGCGAAUUUCUAGAAAAUAGCUCUUCUGUUUCUGCAAUGAAAGACUUGGAUAACUUGUUUAAAUCUCUAGAAAGCUGCAAGUGUAUCGACAAAGUGACUUUUGAUCUGAGUCUUGCUCGAGGUCUAGAUUAUUAUACUGGAGUCGUUUAUGAAGUUGUGUUUAAAGGGGCCACACAGGUUGGUUCAAUUGCUGCUGGUGGUCGUUAUGACAAUCUCAUUGGAAUGUAUGGAACAAAACAGAUUCCAGCGGUUGGGCUGAGUCUCGGAAUAGAACGAGUGUUUGCUAUAAUGGAGCAGCGUCAGAAAGACGAGAACCAGACAAUCCGAGCCACUGACACUCAAGUUCAAGUGAGUGUUUUGGGGAGCGAAGACUACUGCAUUUUGGCCAGAGAGCUGGUUAAUGAGAUUUGGAAUGCCAAGUUGAAGGCAGAGUACAUGGUCAAUAAAAGAAUGAUGAACCACAUCAAGCGUGCCGUUGACUCGGGAAUCCCAUAUAUGGUUCUUGUGGGUGAGCAGGAGCUGAAAGAUGGAGUCGUAAAGUUGAAGAAUAUCAAGACCAGUGAUGAAUGUACUGUCCCCAGAAACAGAAUGGUUGAGGAACUUAGAACACGGUUGAACUAGAAGAAGUUGCCAUGAUAUUGAUUUUGGGGAACCUCAGUAUGUUUUCUGGGGCUUGGAUUCACUAUUUGACAUCAAUAUAUAAAGGUUGAAUAUUGAUAGGCACAUAUUUUGCUCUAUAGAAUGUUGUAUUGGUAAUUAUAGAUAUGUUCUCACGAUAGUAGAUGAUUACAAAUAGAACUACAUCAACAUAUGUUUA